AUGGCGGCGACCGCGACGGCCGCGAUGCUCGUACACCGCUACAUGUACGGGCUCAAGGGCAGCGUGCGCAACAACGUCGCCUUCUGCGAGGAGAACACCGUUGUCUUUCCUUGCGGCCACAACCUCGUGGUCCACAACAUUGAGACGAAAGAGCAGCAGUUCAUCCAUGGCAUCGAAGGCAACGCGGGCGGUAUCACCGCCAUGGCCGUCGCUUCGAGCCGCAAGUACGUGGCGGUCGCGGAGCGCAGCGAACAUGGGCUCAUCCACGUCUACGACCUCUCCACUCUGCGCCGGAAAAACCCUUGUCCUUUCCCGAUCUCGGCUCAGACGCUUACGUACGUGAGCCUGGCCUUCUCGGCCGACGGCAAGUACAUCAUCGCGCAGGGCGGCAGCCCGAGUGGAACCUCGUGUUGUGGUCCUGGGAAAAAACCAAGUCGUCGCGACCGUGCGCUCUGUGUCGCAAUACGGCAGGUGGACUUUAGCCCGACCGACAACAACACGAUUUGUGCGAGCGGCGCCAGCACCAUCAAAUUCUUCAAAUUGGUGGAUGGUCAAUUGCGCCAACAAGUCAAUUCGCUGAAACGCGAGCCCGGCAAUUUUCUCUGCCACACAUGGCUCCCGGAUGAUCGACUCGUCGCCGCCGCCCUCUCGGGCGAGCUCUGGCUCUUUGAAAGCCUUGAAUUCCGCAUCGUCCUGAGCUCGUCGCCGUCGGACGGUCAAUAUAUCUCGUCGCUUCUCGCUAGGGUUUGUGGGGGGCGGGCGGGGGGUGUCAUUCGUAUUUACGAGAAAAGCGACGACGCCCGCGAGCAGUACAAGCGCACCAAAAGCUUUACGAUCGACGGGAGCUCGCAAAUCGUUCAGAACCUCGCGAUCUCCCCGAGCGAAGACAUGCUCGUGUGUUCGCUCGAGAGCAACCAGCUGUACAUGCUCACAUUGAGCUCUACGGACAUUCUCAAAGAAGACGCGAUGAACUUUGAGCUUGUCUCGACGCCAUUCCAUCGGCCGGGCGCCAACGGCUCGUCGCACAUUACGGGGCUCGAUGUGUGCAUUCGCAAGCCGCUCAUUGUCACGUGCGGUGUCGACAAGUCGGUCCGCGUUUGGAACUACAGCGACAAGUCCACCGACAUUCUCAAGUUUUUUAAAGAAGAGGCGCUCGCGGUUGCGUUGCACCCGUCCGGUCUGCAUGUUGUCGUCGCGUUCACAGACAAGUUGCGCAUGCUCAACAUCCUCAUGGACGACAUUCGGCCGUACCGCGAAUUCCCGGUCAAGGCGUGCAAGGAAGUGCGCUUUAGCCACGGCGGGCAGUACUUUGCAGUCGCCAACAACAACACGAUUCAAAUUUACGGCACGUACUCGGGCGAGCUCAAUACGGUGCUGCGCGGCCACACGAACCAAGUCAACGCGAUCGUAUGGAAGCACGGCGACCGUAAGCUCGUCUCCUGCGGCUCGGACGGGUCGAUCUUUCAGUGGGACGUGCGCAAUGCAGUGAAAGUCGGCGACGGUCACACGCACCCGCGCUGCAACUACGCGGACAUUGCACUCGCUGCCGACUCGACGCUCUUGUACGCGUCAGGCACGGACGGCACGCUCAAGGAGAUCGACCUUGUGGCCGGCGCGCCGCGGGUCGAGCACGCGGCCAACUGUCUGUACGGACCGGUCGCAAUGACCACGUCUCAGCAGCUGCUCUUUGUGGGCACGAUCGAACCGCGCCGACCCGGCAGUAUUCGCGUCUACAAAUUGCCGCUAGAGCCGGAAAGUCCGUAUUUGGAGUACCAGUGCCACGACUUGCCGGUGGCGCGGCUGCGCUUGUCGCAUGACAACCAAUACCUCUUUUCUGUCGGCGAAGAUGGCUCGUUGUGUAUUUUUGAGACCAAAGAGUCGUCGCUCAAUUCGAAACUCAAAGGCCGCAGUGAGCGCGAUAAUGUCAUGCAAUUUGCGGAGGAAAUUCUCGUGACCAAGUCCGACUUGGAGGAGAAGAACCGCAUCAUGCAAGAGCUCAAGGCCAAGGUCGACGAGCUCACGCUGCACAACGAGUACCAGCUCCGGCUCAAGGACAUGAACUACAAGGAAAAGAUUCAAGAAGUCAGCGAUAAAUUCUCAUCCGAAUUGACCCAAGACCGGCAGCGCUGCGGGGACCUCCAGGAGGACAAGCGUGAGAUGGAGCUCGAGUACGAGUCCAAAUUCCACGAGCUCGACACCAACCACCAGCGCGAGAUUGACGAAAUGCGACGGACGUACGAAGCCAAAAUCAAGGCCGAAGUCGAGCGCUACGAAGCGCUGACGCAAGAGCGCGACGAAGAGAACGCGCGCUGGGAAGAAGAGAACCAGCUAUUGGUUGAGAGCCACACGCAGUUCUUAGCGGAAAUGACCACCGAGUACGACCACAAGGUCGAGACGGAGCAAGUCAAGCAAACGCAGCUCGGAAGCGAGAAGGAAGAGAUCAUGAACGAGUUUGAAGACAGCAAGAAGCAGAUCGAAGAGGACGCGGAUCUCGAGAUUGAAGAAGUAAAAGCCAAGUACGACGCCAAGUUUCUUGAAGAGCGCGAAGCCACGCUUCGGCUCAAAGGCGAAAACGGCAUUAUGAAGAAGAAAUUCACCGCGCUUCAAAAAGAUAUCGAGGACCAGAAGGAGGAAAUUCGCUCGCUGCAAGAGAAAGGCCGCGAGCUCUUCGAAAACAUCAAGGGCCUCGAGAAGGACAUCCAAGGCCAUAAGAAAGAGAUUCGGGAGCGCGAAGAGACGAUCCAAGACAAGGAAAAACGCAUUUACGACCUCAAGAAGAAGAACCAGGAGCUCGAAAAGUUCAAGUUUGUGCUCGAUUACAAGAUCAAGGAGCUCAAGCGACAGAUCGAGCCGCGCGAAGUCGACAUCGCUGACAUGAAGCUCCAGAUCGAGGAAAUGGACCAGGAGCUCGAGCAUUACCACAAGUCGAACGACGCACUGGACUUGAUGAUUGGCGAGCUCACGCUCAAGAUGGACGGGAUGCAAAAGGACAUCAACACGCAGCUCCUCGAGAUCAAGACCGGUCGGUCGCUCAUCAAGCAGUUCCAGUCCGACUUGCACGACUGCGCCCAGCUCCUGGACGCCAAGAAGGCGCUCAAAGCCAGUGUCAUUGGGCUCUAUAAAAAGUACGAGCACGGCAAAGUGGUGGCCGACGUCGGCGGCGACCUCGACGCGCAGCAAGAGUACAACCGACAGCGCGAGUACCUGGAGAAGGAAGUCGAGAGCAUGAAAAGCAAGCUCGUCAAAGGCAUGAAGAUGAACCACAACGAGAUGAUGCGCCUCAAGCGUGAGAAUGCGCUCUUGACGGGCCAGGUCAAUGACCUUCGGCGCGAGUUUUACAGCGUCAAGGCAAGCCAGAGCGAAGUCAACAGUCUCCGGGCCAAGCAGCGGGACCGGCGCGUGCUCGACGAGCGCGACUCGGACCUCCGGCGCGAGUGCGACCUCCAAAAGUCGCAGAUCCAACAGCUCAAGCAGCAGCAUGCGGCGCUCGUCAAGGCGCUCGGAGGCAACCAAAGCAGCCUGCCGUCGCUCACGCGGCGCAACACGGGCGGCCUCACGAGCAAGCUGCCGCCCAUCGACGCCUAAGCGCUUUGCCAAUGUAGUACGUUGCAG